CCAAAAUAAAACUCAAAAAAAUGUCAUUGCAACUUGUGACAGACGUGCAUACAGAAAUAAACAAAACAUUCCCAAAAAAUUGUUAUUUAGUUCGAGGGACUUACGAGUAUUAUCAUUAUUUGUGUGAUGGAUUUGACGAUAGAGGAUGGGGUUGUGGGUACAGAACUUUACAAACGAUUUGUUCCUGGGUGAAGCAUAAUUAUAACGAUACACAAAAUGUGCCCAGUAUUAGAGAUAUACAGAAAAUCUUGGUCGAAUUGGAGGACAAGCCUGAAUCCUUUUUAGGCUCUAAGCAAUGGAUUGGCAGUUUCGAGGUCUGCCUCGUUCUGGACAAGCUAUAUGACAUUCCUAGUAAAAUCAUUCAUCAUCAUGUGAACAAGGGAGAUUCUUUGGAGAACAUAUUAGAAAGCUUGUGCAAUCAUUUUGAGAAUUUCGGCAGUCCUAUAAUGAUGGGAGGCGAUGUUGACUGCUCAUCUAAAGGUGUGAUGGGAGUUCAUGUUGAUGGAAUUAACUCUAAGCUAUUAAUUGUGGAUCCACACUAUGUUGGUAAGGAAGUAUCCAAGCAGUUUCUGUGUCGCAAAGGUUGGGUCAAAUGGCAGCCAUUGAAGGACUUUCUGAGCUCAUCGUUCUACAACUUGUGUUUACCUCAAGUAAAACCAAAAUGUAGCUAACAUUGUCAACAUGGUAGCUAAAGAUAAGUGAAAAUAAAUUUAUGUUUCAAAAAGUA